GUGGGGGGUGGGCUGGCUUCCCCGGCUGCGUCCGGGCCAUGGGGAAAGAACAGGAGCUGCUGGAGGCCUCCCGCACGGGGAACCUGCCUGCGGUGGAGAAACUGCUGUCAGGCAAGCGCCUCAGCUCGGGCUUCGGCUCUGGAGGCGGCUCCGGGUCCUCAGGGGGAGGCGGCGGCGGAGGUGGCGGCGGCGGCGGCGGACACCCGCUUUCCAGCCUUCUCAGCAUUUGGAGGGGGCCAAAUGUGAAUUGUGUUGACAGUACUGGAUACACUCCAUUGCACCAUGCUUCUUUGAAUGGUCACAAGGAUGUCGUGGAAGUUCUGCUGAGGAAUGAUGCAUUAACAAAUGUGGCUGACUGCAAAGGUUGCUAUCCUCUUCAUUUGGCAGCUUGGAAGGGGGAUGCUGAGAUAGUGAAACUGCUAAUACACCAGGGACCAUCUCACACUAAAGUGAAUGAGCAGAAUAACGACAAUGAGACGGCUCUGCACUGUGCGGCUCAGUAUGGUCAUACAGAAGUGGUGAAGGUUCUUCUGGAAGAGUUGACUGACCCUACCAUGCGCAACAACAAGUUUGAGACACCUCUUGAUUUGGCUGCACUAUAUGGGAGAUUGGAGGUUGUGAAGAUGUUGCUCAAUGCUCAUCCCAAUCUUUUAAGUUGCAAUACUAAAAAACACACCCCCUUACAUCUGGCAGCUAGGAACGGCCAUAAAGCUGUUGUACAUGUUCUUCUGGAUGCUGGAAUGGAUAGCAAUUACCAGACCGAAAAAGGCAGUGCUUUGCAUGAGGCUGCUUUGUUUGGCAAAACAGAUGUGGUACAGAUACUGCUAGCUGCAGGCAUUGAUGUGAAUAUAAAGGAUAACAGAGGUCUGACGGCUUUGGAAAUUGUGAGAGAACUUCCUUCUCAGAAAAGUCAACAAAUAGCAGCAUUCAUUGAAGAUUGUACAACUGGGAAGAACACCACAAAAGCAGAAGAAAAGAUAUCAGCAUUAGUCAUUUCUACAGACGCUCCAGUUCGGGUACCCCAAGGGAUUGUGGAAAAAGUAACAGAACUGAUCACUGAUUUUGAUGGAAAGCAAGAAGAGUGUCCAUAUGAAGUUCUAUACAAUGCCACAUCCUGUCACUCUUUGGACAGUCUGGCCAGUGGAAGAUCAUCAGACAGAGACUCAGUGACUAGGGAAGUGGAGAUGACCAGUGUUAAAGGGACAGGAAUGAGGCCUAGAGAACGGCCACCCCCUCCUGCCAAGCCUCCUCCUGAUGAAGAGGAGGAACUUGAAGAGAAGAAUCAGAGCACUUCUUCUAAGGGCAUGGUCACUAAGAGGAAGAGCAGAGGAAGCACAGCAGAUGAAGAGGAAGAGCAUCCUUACGAGCUGUUGUUAACAGCAGAAACUAAGAAGCAUGUUGCCAUGGACAAAAAAACGAAAGGUGAAUCAUCUUCAGAUGCUGCCAGCUGCGUCCAGCCUCAGGCCUGGCCCCGGAAGGGUCUGCCUUCUCAGGAUGGCCAGUGGCCACUGAAUUGCCAAGGCUCAGCUGACCUUUCUUCUAGUCAUUCUGAACAGCAACAGAGUCCUGGAUCACACUUGAUAGAAGUCUCAAAAGACGAGAGGAGGAGCGGCAGCAAUCACAGCCAAGCAGAUGCCCAGGAUGUCCAAGUGCUGGAUCAGUUCUCAGGUCUACUGCAUGGUUCUUCUCCGGUGUGUGAAAUAAAUGAGGACCCUUUCAGACUCACUUCUGCUGUGGGCAAAGGAAGUACAGAGGGAACUGCUAUGCAGCUGGAAGAUGUUGAUGCAUCUGGAACGGUACAGACUAGCACUACAGACAAAAAUAAAGUGGUCUAUUCAACCAUCUGCCACAUAAGUGACAAACUGGAUCCUGGAACUUUAGCACAUCUUCACUUUCCACAACAUUCUGCUGGGGCUGAGGAAGGAGACAAGAGCAGUUCCGUGGGCAGAGUCAACCCAGGAGGCAAGUCCAGAUCAGAACUCAAACUUAGCCGUAGCUUGUCAAAAUCGGACUCUGACCUUUUGACCACCUCACCAACAGAAGACGAUACUAUGGGGAGCAGAAGCGAAUCGCUUUCCAAUUGUAGUACUGGCAAAAAAAGGCUGGAGAAAUCACCUUCCUUUGCUUCAGAGUGGGAUGAGAUUGAGAAAAUCAUGAGCUCCAUUGGUGAAGGCAUUGACUUUUCUCAGGAGCAGCAGAGAAUUUCAGGUUCACGGAUGCUGGAGCAGAGCGUUGGGGAGUGGCUGGAGUCCAUUGGCUUGCAGCAGUAUGAGAGCAAACUGCUUCUCAAUGGCUUUGAUGAUGUCCGAUUCCUGGGCUCUAAUGUUAUGGAAGAUCAGGAUCUCCGGGACAUUGGUAUUAGUGACCCACAACACCGCAGAAAACUUCUCCAGGCAGCACGUUCUCUUCCGAAGGUAAAAUCCCUGGGCUGUGAUGGGACUCAACCUUCUGUUCCUUCUUGGCUUGAUUCCCUGGGACUCCAAGAUUAUAUCCAAUCAUUUCUGUCAAGUGGCUACAGCUCUAUAGACUCUGUGAAAAACCUCUGGGAACUGGAACUAGUCAAUGUGCUCAAGGUAAUUCUUCUUGGUCACCGUAAGCGUAUAAUAGCCUCCCUGGCAGACAGGCCAUAUGAGGAACCUCCACAGAAACCACCACGCUUCUCUCAGCUAAGGUGCCAGGAUCUGAUGUCCCAGACAUCCUCACCACUGAGCCAGAGUGACUCCUGCACAGGGAGGUCUGCAGAUCUCCUGCUGCCUUUAGGCGAGACUGGAAAGAGAAGACAAGAGAGUAGCCGAGAUAUUGCGUCUUACCCCAGAGCUGAGAGAAUCAAGACACAGGAGGAAUGCCAUGAACCCAAACUUACACUCAGACCCCCAAGUCUGGCUGCUCCAUAUGCACCUGUUCAACACUGGCAGCAUCAGCCAGAGAAGCUUAUAUUUGAGUCCUGUGGAUAUGAAGCAAAUUAUCUUGGGUCCAUGCUGAUCAAAGAUCUUCGUGGGACAGAGUCUACACAGGAUGCCUGUGCAAAAAUGAGGAAAUCAACUGAACAUAUGAAGAAAAUCCCAACUAUAAUAUUAUCCAUCACUUAUAAAGGAGUGAAGUUCAUAGAUGCAUCUAACAAGAACAUUAUUGCUGAGCAUGAAAUCAGGAACAUUUCCUGUGCCGCCCAGGACCCAGAGGAUCUCUGUACGUUUGCCUAUAUCACCAAGGACUUGCAAACCAGCCACCACUACUGCCAUGUCUUUAGUACCAUUGAUGUUAAUCUGACAUAUGAAAUCAUUUUGACACUGGGUCAAGCAUUUGAAGUAGCCUACCAGCUAGCCCUGCAAGCCCAAAAAUCAAAACCUACAGGUACUCUGACAUCUGAAAUGGUAGAAACAAAAUCUUCAAAACCAGUGCCUAAACCUCGAGCCAGCAUGAGGAAAUCAGCGGUGCCGCUCCCUCCUGAUAGUCGCUGUUGUUGUUGUCACACCUGUACUACACACCGUCCCUCCUAUCUGCCGCUGCAGUCUGUUAGUCAAGGAGCUAAGCUGGAGUCAUCUGAAGUGGACCAAGACUCCCAGUCCCAUGCUAGUGUGUCCUGGGUUGUAGAGCCCAAGCAGGAUUCCAAGAGGACCCUCAGCACUAAGUAUGAGACUACUAUCUUCUGAAAACCAAUCCUGCAUCCAUCCAGUCUAACCGUGCCUUUGCAGUCUGAUCUGUCUGCUCUUCUAAACCCUUCCUUCCUUCCUCCCAUUGCUGGCAAUAGGUUUGGCACCACCAGAGACAGCAGCACUAGGAUACCAUAAACUAAACAGCUUUUUGUAUCUGAUUUCUACUGAACACUGUGAAUUCUCCUAACUCGGAAAUAAGGGUAACUCAUUGAAAGAGCCACCUGUUUAAGAUUUCUGUGAGGUGGGAGAAACAAAGCCAAUGGGAGUCGAAUAUAUGGAUUUGGGAAAACAUCUGCUGUUUGUUGACUUUCUCUUCAUUUUGACACUGUGAAUUUCUGGAGUGAAGUAACACUCCAUAGGCCUUUUCUAUUUAGCAUUCUUGUUCUUGGACUGUUUUAGAACUUUGGUCUCCAGUAGGUAUAUGGUGUCUCAACCUAGAUUUAUACCUCCAUACUGAGCCAUGGCUGCAAACUGUUCCAACAAGUAGCAUUCUUUUAUCUGUCAUCUCAGAAGAUGCUAACCACUGUGAUACUACUUGCAAAUCUCUUGCUCACCAGAUUUCCUAGCAUGGACCCUACUCACAGUCUGCUACCCCUGGAAACCCCGUUGCAUGGUUUAAUCUGUAAACCUACUAGGUAGUGUGACUGCUCCUGUUAAGCUCUUUCUCUUAGGAGUUGGGCUUGGUAUAAUUAGUGCCUGACAGGAAUAUUUUCAGCUGACCUGUAAAUACACAGGGAACCUGCUUUUUGCUGUUGACAUUAUAUGAUUUGCCAUUAGGAAUUUCUGUUCAUUCCAGCCAUUCUGCUUACAAAUUAUUUUGAAUAUCAUUCUUUAGAUUCUGAAUCUAUUAAACCUUCCAAAGACACAGGUUAUUAAUUCUAAACUGUGUGCAAAUGUCUAUUAAGGAAUCUAACCAGAAUGUACAAUGUACAGGGACGGUGGUAGUAGGAGUAUUAUUCCUAUAGAACACAUUUCCCCUUUGGAAGAAAACAUUGAUGAUCAAAGUCUUACACUGAUCUUAUUUUCCUGGAGUAUGCUAAAUGCAACAUCCUGAGUAUCCUGGAGAUACCAACCAAGCAUUUGCUACACAUCUCCAGACAAAACAGAGUGUGUUGUGUUUGGCUUCUCAAAUUGUUCAAAUACAAGCUUUACCUAGGUCCUUAAAGAAUGAUUGUAAAGGAAUGCUGACUUUUGUAUUAAGACCAAACUUUUUUCUUCAGACCAGUGGGUUGUAAUAUAGUAAAGGAGCUAAAACAACAAAAUAGUUAAUAUAUAGCUCUAAAACAUCUUCCUAAUUUUCUCAGAGAGACAGUCAGUAAGUGGAUUAAGUGGGGCUUAGCACUUCUUGUCCCUAUAAUAAUUUUGAGGAGCAGCUUCCUUCAUAAUUCUAUUUUCUCCUCAUAUCUUCUAAUGUGACCCCAUUCUAUUAUGAUUCUUAGAUCUUGUUUGAUUUAAGAAAGGAACAAAGGUUGUAACAAGGGUGAAUAUCUAAGCUCCUAUCUGCUACUUACACAUUCCUCCCUAGAUUUGGAUCUUGCUCUGUGACACCAGAAAAAUGAUGAUACAGUGUUAUAAUUCCCAAUUCCCUCUGGCCAGGGUCUCUGAAGCUUUUAUAGCUUCUUCCUUAGCUUUUUACAGACUUGUGUGUUUCUUAUGUACGUCUCAUAAUCUUAAGGGGAGGGGCUGUAUAUAAAUCUAACAAAUGAAAUCAUUGUCUUGCUGCUUUGUGGCAAGCAACCUCAAGGUGCUGCAACCAUAUGUUCCAAAUUGGGAGCUGUCAUUGGAUAAGAACAAAAGGAAGUCAAGCAUGCAACCACGGGUUAGGAAUCUUGCUAUAUAAUUGAGCACCUUGCUUCCGAUCACAAACCAGAAAAAGCAAGGACUGUUAGGAAGUAUAGUUCUUGGCCAUCCAGAAGGGCCCAGAUUCUAGCUCCUCCCAGAGGGGCAAGAACUGCACUUCCCAGCAGCCACUGUAGGAAGCCACUGCUCUCUUCCCCCCAUGAUGUGCUUCUCCCUACUGAUGCUGAGCCUUGAAAAGGUAAGCAGGAGGAAGCCAUACUCCCAUCCUACCCCCAUAGUGUUCUUCUGCCCAACAGGACUAGGUCCCUGUGGUGUUGAAGAACUUUCUGACACAAUACACAGGACAAACUCUGUCAAGCUGCAGCUGAGCUGGAAGAGCCCAUUUGCAAAAUGAGGGAAGUCUGUGUGUGCAGGGUUGGGGGCAGGAAUCUGAGAAAAGGGAGCCUGUUUGCAUAGGUAGGAAAACCUGUUCGUGUGCGGGGGGGGGGGGGCGGGGAAUUUGAGAAAGCAGAGCCUGUUUGUAAAGUUAGGGGAGCCUUUAUGGGGGAAGGAUGGAAUCUAUAAGUACGCUUUUUUUUUCAUUGAAUAAGCUAGGUUUACGGCAGGAGGGGUUGGCCUUCUCAGUGGGCACUGUUAACCCAACUACAGUUUUCUAGAGCUUGUUGUAUGUUUGUACAACAGGCUUUACUGCUGCUCCUGUAAGCAGGAACAUUGUUAAACUUAUAGUACAAAAGAGCCGCUCAUUCUCUGGUCUACUUCCUAUAAUACUGUAGUGAAUCUGAGUGCUAGUUUUUGUGGCUUAAAUGAAAAAAACCCCGUUUGAGAGGUAGUCUCAAAAUACACCUGUGCUUUGCAUGUGUUGUCAUGUUCGAUGUUUGAACUCUAAAGGAUAUUAAAAAAAUUAUUUCCCUCCUUUGAAGAACUUAAAUAUCUAUUACUGAGACUAGAAGCUGUUAAUCAGACAUCCUGCAGCUCAGUGACAUCUGAAGAUGGUGUUGGUGCUUGCUUCUUCUAAAAACAGUGCACUUGCCUUUUUAUCAUGAAUGAAGGAGAUAUCAAAGCAAUUGAUUAUGAACAACCUCUUCCAUAUGACUAUGACCCAAAGCUAUGGCUUUGUUAACUUGUCCAUCAUCAUAAGCAUCCUUCAGUUGUUUGACAAAUGAAAUUACUCAUUCCCUAUUUAUAUUUCCAUUAAUAUUGUCCCCAUUCUGUUUGCUUCUGCCAAGCUGAAUUACAGACAUCUGCGUUCCACCAAGGAAAUGUAGUAAAGGGGCAAAGCACUAAGAAGCAAUGAAAUCCUGGCGGUAUGAAGAUCAACACCCGGCUCUGGGAUGUGUCCUUGGCUACUCAUUAAGGGCUUCCAGAGUUGAGUGAAAAGGGAUUCCAGUGGCAAGCUAACAAAAACCACUAUGCAUUUCUAGGAAGAGAACUGAGACUUCUGAGGUCAAGAGACUGAUGCCGUAUAUUGUAACUUGAAACAUACUUUUUUUUACAAGCAGUGAUAUUGGGAAAUCCUCAUUUUCAGUGUAGCAAGUUGAAUUGUUGCAGAUGGAGAAUCUUAACUACUAAAAGAAAAUAGAGAAUAUACUUUGUCAGUCGAAACAGGCUGAGAGGAUGCCAGGAUCAUUGAAUGGUACAUUUCCCUCCUCAGCUUGGUAAGCAGUUGACAGAUUUUCAAAUCUUUGCAAUUAUAAUCAUUUAGUGUAAAGGUACUAAUACUAGAUGAUGAUUUACACACUUUAUAAGCUUAGUAAGUGGGAAAUAGAUUGUCUUAAUGAAAAACAACAGUAUGUAACCUUGCAAAAUGCAGGCACAGGACCUACAUUCAUAGCAGUGAAAGGUAGCAUUGUAAUAUUUUUUUCUGGUGAAAAUACAAGAUUUUUUCCACAUACAUACUUACAUUGAAUAACUGGACUAUGGCUCUUUACAUCUCAUUCAACUACCAUAUUUUUAAAAUGUGGUUAUGCCAUGGAGGGUUGGGAUUUUUAAGGGUUGUUCACUGAUUAGCACUUUUUAUACUACAUUAUUUAAGUAAACUUAUAAUAAUAAUUUCAGAAUAUUAAAAUGUGGAGAGAUUUUGGGCAUUGUGCUGAAACGGUUGAUUUCUGGUUCAGAUGCAAGCUGAACUUAUUAUGCUUCAUGAAACUUCACAGCCUCUAACACUGAUUUUGGCUGUGAUGAAUGCAUCUUUCUGUGGCCUUUUUGAAAAGACAAGGAAGUGCAAAUAGAUCAGUGGUGGGUGUGAUGGGUUUAGUAUCCUGCUACUGUGUUAAUUACUUGUUUCAACUUCAGUUACUGCUGUAUCUUUAAGAUGUAAUUUAGCAUUAUUCCAGUUGAUAAAAAUGCAGAGGGAACCAAAUGACCCCAAAAAGUCUGGAUUUGAAAAUAACCUGUAGAUGAAUUCUGGGAACAUGGCAUUAAUUUUAAGUCAAUAUGUAACUAAUAUGCUGGUGUUAGUAUAAAAACUGGUAUAUUGAUAAGUCUGUUCUGAGAGAAUGCAAAAUGUACUGUUUCCUUUGGAGAAGGGAUAGCAUUGGUUGGUUGCAGAAAGAGAUAGUGAAAGCUUCAUAGUUUGUUUCUUCCAGUGAUCAGGUGCUUCCUUUCUCAGAGUUUACACAAAUGUAGCAGUAUCUACAAUGGCAUGUCCUGUUCAGGCAAUUAAAGCCAUUGUGGACUUGGCUUUUCCUCAAAGCUUGUUAUCCCCAGACUUGAAAGCAGUUUGGGUGCUUGUUCAGUAUUUGAGACUUUUGCUUGCCUCUUUACAGGGAUUUGCAGCAUACUGAGAAAAACACGUUGUAUUCCUGGCACUGAUUUUUUUUGGUCUUCGAUGAACAUGCAAUUUCUAUUCCUAGCACCAUCUGUGCACCUUUUGCCAAUACGCCAUAAGUUUCCUGUUUCACAAAGACGUCUGUUGUCAGUAGACUUAAUUUCUCUAAUCCUUCUGUUCUGAUCAUGAAAACUGGCCUUAAGAUUUCAAAAAACUGACCUUGAGGAAAGUCUGUUUGAAUAUUAGGUACAUGCCAAUGUUCCCCUCAGAAAAGCAAUUUAGAGCAGCUUCAAGUGGUGAGCUGUGCUGGCCUACUUGUGGUGCUUGUGGACCAGAUAUUUAAUAGUAUUUCACUUUUUAAAAUAACUUCCACACUGAAACUGGAAUUGGUUGAGUAAUACUUUACUCCACCACUCUGUCCUCUUUUGCAUGCUCAGUAUGAAUGUCUAUCAACAGGACUUUUUGCUAUGCUUGCCUCUGAAGGAAGCAGGCAGAUUCUUGGUAACAGGCAAUUUGGUUUACAAUGUAGACACUUUUUUGCUAAUCGUGAUGUAUGGCAGUGGGACUGAUUUGUAAUAAAAUGUUAUUUAAUCUGUCUUUGUAUUUUGAUACUUGAAUUAUUUCCUUAUUUCCUGUAUAUAAAAAUUGUUAUUCUGUCCAGUUUGUGGUACCAAACAUAAUCAAUCUGUGCAACAACAUAGACUGACCUCACUACAACAAGGCGAGACUGUAAAUAUUCCUGGGCUUCCAGCAGUCGUUUUGUUGUUUUUGUUUUCAUAAUUGUACAACUUAGAACAGACUAAUAAAAUUAGACACACCUCUGUUUUGAUUGCUGUGGUGUAAGUA